UACACUGCUUUCUGGCUCAGCACUAUUCAGAAAUGAUGGCCAAGUGUGUUGUAUUGACCGCUAUAGCGAUGCUGGCGGUGGCAUGUGUGGCCUCUCCUCUGUCCAAAGACGCUCCUGCGAACAGAAAGGCGACGGAACGGCUUCUGAAGAGACCACCGGAGACACCGGAGAGGCUGUCCCGUGCCAGUCGUUCCGCGCAUUUACCGGAGGAUCAGCGAGAGCUCAUGUCCCGCCAGCUCUUACAAGCACUGUCAGAAAUCAUGCAGCGGGAGGACUGCGUUACAGAUUAUCAAGGCUGGGUAGAUUUUGGUCGUCGGAGUACAGACUGAGAAUUAAACUCUGUAACGUUACUGUGAUUUUUUUUUGUCAUUAAAUAUACUUGCAACUAGCCUA